AUGAUUGUUCUCAUAUAUGUUGAUGCUAUUGUCAUCACUGGAAAUGACAAUGAGGGAAUUUCAAAGCUCAAAAAUUAUCUUCAUAAAAAGUUUGACAUUAAGGAUUUGAGACAACUCAGAUAUUUUCUUAGAAUAGAAGUGGGCUACUCAAAGAAAGGGAUUUUUUUGUCUCAACGAAAAUAUGUUCUAGAUUUGUUGAAAGAAAUUGGAAAAAUAGGAGUUAAACCUUUGGAACUUUCCAUCGAUUAUAACUAUAAUAUCUCUUCUACUGAUGGUGAAUUAUUGCAAGACAUUGGACGAUAUAAGAGACUGGUUGGAAGAUUAAUCUAUCUAACCAUAACCAGACCUGAUAUCGCUCACGUAGUUGGGUUGGUCAGCCAAUUUAUGCGUGACCCUAGGACAAGGCAUUUGGAAGCUGUUGAUAAGAUCUUAAGAUAUUUAAAAUCUUCCCCUGGAAGAGUAAUAUGGAUGAAAAACAAUAAUAAUAUUGAUAUUUGUGGUUACUUUGAUGCUGAUUGGGUUGGUAAUCCAAAUGAUCGAAGAUCUACUACAGGGUAUUGUGCUAUGGUGGGUGGAAAUUUGGUUUCUUUGAAAAGAAAUAAACAAUAUGUAGUUGCUCGUUCUAGUGCUGAAGCUGAACAUAGAGCUAUGGCCUCAAUUGCCAGUGUGUAUGGUUAA